GGUGUUUCCUGUUGUAAAGUGCCAAGAUGGCGAAAACAUACGACUAUUUAUUUAAACUUUUAUUAAUUGGUGACUCUGGUGUUGGAAAAACUUGUUUAUUAUUUCGUUUUUCAGAAGAUGCUUUUAAUUCAACAUUUAUUUCAACGAUAGGUAUCGAUUUUAAAAUUCGAACGAUAGAAUUAGAUGGUAAAAAGAUCAAAUUACAAAUAUGGGAUACGGCUGGACAAGAAAGAUUUCGAACUAUCACCACAGCGUAUUACAGAGGUGCCAUGGGAAUCAUGCUUGUAUAUGACAUAACCAGUGAAAAAUCUUUUGAAAAUAUACGAAAUUGGAUUAGGAAUAUUGAAGAGCAUGCGUCAAAAGAUGUUGAAAAGAUGAUUCUGGCAAAUAAAUGUGAUAUGAAUGACAGACGGCAGGUAUCUAAAGAACGAGGUGAAAAUUUGGCUGUUGAACAUGGAAUCAAGUUUAUGGAAACUAGUGCCAAGGCAUCAAUAAAUGUUGACGAAGCUUUUUUCACAUUAGCUAGAGAUAUAAAGGGAAAAAUGGACCGACGAUCAGAUUCAACACCCAAUGCAAAGCAAGCAGGAUAUCAACUGAAGAAAGAUAACGCCUCUAAAAAAUCAUUUUGGAAGUGUUCCAUCCUUUGAAACCGUGCUUUAAAGAGACUUGUGAUUUUCUUAUGUUGACUGUAAAGUUUUGUACAAAAACACCUCUAUAUAUCAAGACAUCUGUGUUAGUUGCAAUCUAAGAACUAACAGGGCUUCAUUCAAACACCAAUCUUCAUCUUAGUAAUUUUACAUUGAGAAUUAGCAUCUUCAACCAUUUUUCAACACCACAGAUUCCAUCUUCUGCUAGCUUAGAAUUGACAGAAGAAAGAGAGAUUUUCAACUCAUUGAUUUAUGAAUUAUGAUUUAAGAGAGCAGUAUGCAAUUUAUUUUGAUUAGAAAACAGAGCAAGCUAUUGGGUGUAAUGGCUUGCUGUUAUAAGCUGAAACCUUCAGAAUAACUAGGAGACGUAUUUCUCAAAAAUUUAGUAAAUUUCAAAAAUUUAUGUAAUCCUUUGAAGUAGUUAUAACUUUCAGAUAAGAAAAGGGACACAUGUUGAAUUAUAGUUUUCAUUAAUUUUCACUUCACUCUUAGAGGUCCUGUAUGGAACUUUUGCAGUUUAUAAGACACAUUUAAACUAGAAGUUUUUGUACAUGAUUUUUUUAUGACAUAGAAAUAAACCUAGACAGAUGGAGACACUUUCUGCAAACAAAAAACAGGGUAUCUAAAUUAAAAUUUGAAGAAAAUCUUGAUGAUGAUUUCUAAAAAGGCACGAUGCUGAUUUCAAGCUGGAAAUAAAUUGUGUACUUGCAAUUCAGGCUGUCAGAAUUUAGUGAACCAUGGAACAAUUCUGAAGACCUAAGGUCACUGUUAAAGAUUUGAGCCAUUAACAGAUGAAAGAUUAGUCAUGUUAAUUGCAGGCAUAUCUUUUUCAAAUUUUAAAGAAAAAAAUAUUGGUCUCAUAACAAAAACAUGCACCAAGUUGACGAAAGUUUGAAUUGCACUGCACAAUAUUUGAUAGGAUGCAUUUAUAAUAAAUCUUGUCAUAAAAAAUAUUCUAAAAUUUAAACAAGUGUGUAGUACUACAUCAAUUUCUGGUUAAUUUAUAAGUAAUUUGGGAUGUCACCUUUAAAGGUUAUAAACUUUUCAUGUUGUUUGCAUUUGGGAUAAUGACACGAUAAUGUUUUAAGUAUAAAUUAUUUAUCCACAUACCAAUUUCUAUUUUUAUGCUUAAUUUCACAUAGACAAGAAUAUUAUUUUUCUAUGAUAGUUUAAAUCUGGUUGUAACACAAUGAUCAUUGUAUAUCUGUGUUGAAAAGUAAAUUUUGCUGCAUUUGUCUAUAAAUAAAAUUCUACAUAGACCUUCUGAUAAUUUGAUGUUAACACUGUGAGGUUCUAUAGCACAGUCGGUUGGUUCUUAACAUUACAUCAUUUGCUUGGUUACGUCAAGCAGUUGUAGGUUCCGAUCUUGAAUGGCAUGUGCUAGUCCGUUGACAUUGAAUAAGUCAUCUUCACUCAUAAUUCUAGUCGACCCAGCUGUAAAUGGGUACCGAUAAUCUGGGAAAGAUCAAUGCCAAGAGGUUUGGCAAAGGACCAGCUGGUAGAAAGGAUCCUUAACUAUGUUUUAAGAGAUAAACACGAGGCCAGCUUCAUGAAAGAAUGACUAAAGAAUAAAUACGUGUUCAAGUCAUCGUAUUGGUUCAUCACUAAAGUGUUAAACUGUAUUUCUUAAAAUGGUGAUUUUAUCUUAUU